CGCACGAAGGUAGUUUUAAUUGAAAAGAAGCGGCUGCCCCAGUGUCCCCAUUAUGGGGGUGACUUUAACGCUCUGAGGAUUCAAUCCGUUAUAAUUGAGAGACAGUAGUAUCCCUCCCAGCCCGCCGUCUGUCUGGGGGAAGCGGCCGGCGAGUGUGGGCCCUGAGUGUAAGGCCCAGGCCCUCGGCGGGAGCGGGCACAACCGGCGGCCACUGCCGCCCCCUCAGCCGGUUUAAAGCAGCGGCCUCGGCGGAGUGUGUCCGGCACCUUGGAGCUGUGCUCCCUCUCGGCAAUGAACGCUGUGUCUUAUUCCCGGGGACCGGCACUAACUGGCCUGGCCGGGCCGGGCCUGUGCUGACAGGAUGGAGCUGAGCCAAGCCGCUUGGCAUCAGCAUGAAUAACUUGGAAUGAAAUGCAUGAGUUGUUAAAACAAAUACUGAGUCGAUUACAAUUACUUGAGGAAGGCCACUUCAGUCUACCAAAGACAAGAUACCUAAAAGCAUCAUUCAAUGCCCAACUCUGUGGAACAUCAGCCACCAAAGCCCACUGGAAAAAUAAAAAGUAUCAAUGUAAUUGAUGAGCUUGCUGCUGGUGAUUCACCAGGAACGUCUAAUUCAAAUCUUUUCUCCUGUUAUGGUACUCCCUCUUUCAGCCGAAAUUCCAGUGCAACAGGACAUGGCCCGUGGAUGUUUCCCGUGGUUAGGGCGCGGGAAGUGUUUUACAAUGUCUGCUCGGAUUAUGGCUUGCUGAGUAAGGCAAGCAUUAUUGCCAAUACACCAUGUACUUCGGGUGAUCCUACUCCAGUAAGAGAUGGAACUUCUUCAACUGAUUGUCCAGCACAUCAUUCCAGUUAUGUUGACAUUGACGUUGAUGCUCCGGAUGUAACCCAUAGAGGUAGCUUAAAGAAACAAGCUGCAAAAAAGAUGAAACCAUUGGAAAACCAUAACAAAAAAUACAAUGAUUCCUCUCUGUAUACAGUUCUGGAAGAAAUGAAACAACGCAAAGUUUUAGAUCUUAGGAGAUGGUAUUGCAUCAGUCGUCCACAGUAUAAGACUUCAUGUGGAAUUUCCUCUUUAGUUUCAUGCUGGAAUUAUUUAUUUAGUACAUGUGGAACAGGAAGUCUUCCACCAAUUACCCAGGAGGAAGCAUUGCAUAUCUUGGGUUUCCAGCAACCUUUUGAAGAUAUCAGAUUCGGGCCCUUUACAGGAAAUGCAACACUAAUGAGAUGGUUCAGACAGCUGAAUGAGCAUUUUCACAUGAGAGGCUGUUCGUAUGUUCUAUACAAACCACAUGGGAAAAAUAGAACAGCUGGAGAAACUGCUGAAGGGGCUUUAAUGAAGUUAACGCAAGGACUGAAGGAUGAGUCAAUGGCUUUCAUCUAUCAUUGCCAAAAUCAUUACUUCUGUCCUAUUGGAUUUGAGGCUACACCUUUAAAGGCAUCCAAAGCAUUUCGAGGGAAGCUGCCCCUUGAUGAAAUGGAGUUUUGGAUUUUAAUAGGUGAACCAAGUAAGAAACAUCCAGCCAUUCACUGCAAAAAAUGGGCAGACAUAGUCCUAGAUCUCAACACUCAGAAUCCUGAGUACCUUGAUAUUCGGAAUCCUGAAAAAGGUAUACAAUAUAGAAAAACGAAAAAGGUUGGUGGAAACUUGCAUUGCAUAAUAGCGUUCCAAAAACUGAACUGGCAAAAAUUAAGCACGUGGAUGAUGAGCAUUGGAAAUUUCAGGUGCGAAACACGUUCAAAAGUAUCAGACUGCAAGUCCAGUAAAUCUGCCCUUUGUUUGGAAAGAGUUUUAAACGAUCAUGAACCAUCAGUGAAUGACAGUGGUGUAUUUCAGCAAGCAUCUGAAUGGAAGCAGGUCACAGGUCCAUACGAUUACAGAGAUGGUGGAUCUCCUGAAAGUGACACUGAAGAAGAAAAUGAACUUUGUAAAGGAAAAGAGACGCUGACGGAGCCGCCGAGUUUUUCCAGAACGUUCCAUCGCCGUCGCGGUCACCUGCAGUUUGAAGCCGACCGCCUCCAGCUCGGUCGCCAAACCGCCAUCAAUAACGGUCACCUCCGGCCUGCCGUCCAUCCCCCCUCACCCGACACCGUCACCGACACCGACACCGCCCGACAUAAACACCCGACAAUAACAACCUCCCAACUCCGUUUGACAGGGGGUGCCCCGCUGAAUGUCUUCCGCCGGCUCCUUCCGGAUUGCGGCCUCCCGGUUAUGGUUGGGCCCCGCUCCCGGCAAAGUGCGCUUCCUGUGGCCAGCUGUGCUGAACAUCCCCCAAAGAGUUCGCGUCCUGACGGUAAUAUUACUUUGGCUGGAGGGGUUCGGGACUUACACAGGGAGAGGAUCAGACCCUGUGCGAGAAUUCGUGUGAAUUUAAUCAGCAUUAUGGGGGUUAAGGGACUGUGGAAACUGCUGGAGUGUACAGGACAACCCAUCAAUCCAGAAACUCUUGAAGGAAAAAUACUCGCUGUUGAUAUCAGUAUUUGGUUAAAUCAAGCAGUGAAGGGAGCAAGGGAUCGCCAUGGUAAUUCUGUACCAAAUGCUCACCUUCUGAUUUUGCUGCAUCGACUAUGUAAGCUUUUGUUUUAUCGAAUUCGACCAGUAAUUGUUUUUGAUGGAAAGACACCUCUGCUCAAGAAACAAACUUUGACUAACAGGUGGCAGAGAAAGGAGCUGGCUGUUAAAGAUACAAAGAAAACUACAGAUAAGCUGUUGAGAACCAUACUGAAGCAACAUGCCUUAAAAAAUGUUCUUGGUAAAAGCGAUGGGGUAAUUCCCAGCCUUUCUCAGGUGAGAAGAGGAGAAACCGAUGACAUUUUUAUUCUGCCUUCCUUAGAAAAGAAAGACGAAAACAGUUCAGAUGAAGAGGCAGAAAAAGAAUGGGAAGAACGCAUGAGCAAUGAAAAUCUGUUUCAGAAUGCAUUUCUUGAGAAUCCUCAUUCUAUUGACAUUGAAUCGAAAGACUUUGCUAAUUUACCUCCAGAGGUAAGACAUGAAAUCCUGACGGAUCUCAAAGAGUUCACUAAGCGUCGAAGGAGUCUGUUGCAGAUCAUGCCUGAGGAGUCAACAGAUUUUUCCCAGUAUCAGCUGACUGGCCUCCUUAAACGCAACAGAAUUAACCAGCACAUUGAAGGUGCUCAGAAAGAAAUGAGCAAAGAGUACUGCGGGCAAAUUCAAAUGGAGUGUAAUAAUGAGGGCGGCUUCACAAAGGACAUGGAAACUAGGCGGCUUGUAUCAGAAGAUGCUUCACACUAUAUUCUGAUAAAAGGAAUCCAGUCAACAAACAGUAAGGACACAGAGAUGAAUCUGCAAAAUACUACAUUAGAUAGAAAUUCAGCAGCUGCAGACAUAAUGUCAAACACUGGUUUGGAGCCCUGUAACGAUUUAGGUUCACCUUCUCCUCUCACAGCAAGAGCAUCCACAACUCCGAGUGGCAUUGCUGCUCUUCCCCCUUCCCCGCGGACUGUGCUUGCCAUUCAGGCUGCCAUGUUGGAGAGUAGUUCCGAUGAAGAAAUUGACCUUGGACAAGUUAACAGUUCAUCUCCUUCUGCAUGUGGCAGCAGUUUGUAUUCAACAAAUAUUGCUGUCACAAAUUUAAAUUCAUCAGCAAAAAAUCAUCAUGCAAACCAGCAAGAUUUACAAGGAAAUGAGAUGGCAGACAAUAUGAAAAAGGAUAGCGAAACUGAAUAUGAUGGUACUAAAAAUCAAAGGGUUCGGACCCACAGUGCAAAUGAUGAACACGUGGAUGAGGAAAUAAAUGUUGAUGAAAAUGAGUUACUGGAAAAAUCAGACAAUGCACAGACUAUCCAGAAGAAACCAAUAAGACCAGGAAUUGUUCAAAGUUGUGAAGUGCAGGAGAUAUUUCCUGUGGAAGAUCCAAGUUCGACCAUUGGGUCAGUCAGUGCAGCAGAACGGAAUGUCAAUGUUGCUGCAGUAGGUACAGCUGAAGGAAUUAAUGAGAAACAGAAAAGUAAUGAGUUAGACUUUCAAUUUCCUGAUAUUUUGAAGGAACGUGAAGAUCAUGUUGAAAUACAUUCCUUAGAAAAUGAUGGAGGAAUAAUCCUUAACAGCAAGCAACACAUUGAUCCACUUGGCGGAGCUGACUUACAAGAUAGCGAAACAGACAAUCGAGAAAUUCUAAAGAGGGAUCUUCCUUCAUCUUCAGAGGUUACUACCAGCAUUCAGCAUGUUGGCAGUGUAAACCUGACCUCCUACACACAAUUAAAAGGAGACUUGGAUCUCAAGAGUUUCAUUUCUUUAGCAAAAGAGAAUCAAGGGUCAGGAGAAGAAACUGACCAUCAGGAAAUGUUCACUAAGAGUGAAGGUGGCAGUGAUUCCGAGGGUAGCUUCAUUGAAGUUGUUAUUGACAUCAACAAAGUGGACUUUCAGAGUGAACUAUUUCCCCCUGAUAUCUUCACACCCUUGAUGCCUGCAAAUGAAUCUACAUCAACAUUUAAGGGCAAUGAAAUGCUGCGACUUUUUGGUAUUCCUUAUAUUGUUGCUCCAAUGGAGGCUGAAGCACAAUGUGCUUACCUAGAUCUGACUGACCAAACUGGUGGAACUAUCACUGAUGAUAGUGAUAUAUGGCUGUUCGGAGCACGUCAUGUGUACAAGCAUUUCUUCAGUCAAGACAAGGAUGUGGAGUAUUACCAGUACAUCCACAUUCAUAAUCAAUUAGGUCUUGAUAGAACAAAGCUGAUAAAUCUUGCCUAUUUUCUGGGCAGUGACUACACUGAAGGGAUCCCUGGUGUGGGUUACGUAACAGCAAUGGAGCUCCUGAAUGAAUUCCUUGGACCAGGACUGGAACCUCUUUUUCAGAUUCGAGACUGGUGGACUGAAACCCAGAAAAAUAAAAAACUGCGAGAUAAUCCAAAUGAUACGAAAGUGAAGAGAAAACUGCGACACCUUGACAUUUCCCCAGGUUUUCCAAACCCAGCAGUGGCAGAAGAAUAUCUGAAACCAGUUGUAGAUGAAUCUAAGGUAUCACUGUCCUGGGGUAAGCCAGACCUUGAUGAGAUCAGAGAAUUUUGUGAGAACCGUUUUGGCUGGACCAGGAAGAAAACUGAUGAAGUUCUUUUACCUGUCAUGAAGCAAGUCAAUGCCCACCAGUCUCAGCUACGUAUUGAUUCCUUCUUCAGAAUGGAACAACAUGAGAAGCAAGCAAUAAAAAGCCAAAGGCUUCGCAGGGCUGUGACUUGUAUGUUGAGGAAAGAACAAAAAGCUUUAAUGGAGAGCCAAGGAAGCACUGGGAUGGUCGAAGCAGCCGGUGAUUCAGCAGUGGAAGGGAAGAGCCAGCAAGGAGCAUCAGGAGUCAAAGGCAGAUCCCAUAACUCUCAAGUACUGCGUGGAAAAAGGAAAUCUCCAGAGCAGCCUUCCGGAGGAGGUUUUAUUCAAUCCACAAGUUUAUCUAAAAUGUCUGAUGACUCUGAAAGAGAUGAAGUUAAGCCAAAACAUUCCAAAGUUAUGAAUUUGCAUAAGAAAACUCCAGAAAAGGGCAAGACAGCCAAAAUGGGCAGCAGCUCAAGUGAUGAGAGUGAUGAUCAUAUUAUGGUAACAGCUAGACCUGUGUUUGAAAAGAGAGGAAAGGGUAAAACUAAACAAAGAAAAAAGUUGAGAACUUAAGCAGGCGAUGCUUCCUGGUGCACUUUCUGCACCUGUAAAUUUUUUCGAGCCCAAAUUUCCAAUUGCUUCCCCUUUUUUGAAAAGACAAAUAUUUAAUGAUUUAUGUUUGUGCAAAGCUCUUGUAAUCUCUAUGAAUUUAGUGUUACACACAAGACACAGGCCAAAGCCUUGUUCCUAAGUUGCUUUAAAGUGCCUACGAGUUAGUUACAUUGACUCUAGUUUGGCCUUUGUAGAAAUUUCAAGAUGUUCUACGAUGCUAACAUUGUCUGACCUGCUGAUUAUGUACCACUGCCGAGAAACCUACCAUUAUGAACGAGUGGUACAUUUUCUAUGUCUUCACUAUCAAGUGCAAAAAAUGAAUUUCGUGUUUUGUAAAACUAGAUUGAAGAUAUUUUUAGGCUCUACAGAAGGCAAAAUCAUGUAAGCAACAGGGCCUAGCUUUGAAUAAGUAUGUUCAAAAUAUGUGUAUAUUUGUACUUUUUAAAUGUGUACCAUAAUACAAUAGCUUGUAGACAAAUUAACGCAUGGCCUUUUUAUAUGUAUCCUCACGAAAGACUGCAUUUAUUUUUGUGAUCUUCUACAUCU